UUGAGAUUUUGAUUUUGUAUAUAGAAAAGGUUGCGACUGUUACUUACCACUACUCUCUCUAUUUGAAGUAGUUCUCUUUAGCGGUUUGUCUUCUUGGCUCUUGUGGAUUAGGUGUAGGCUCUGUCCUGCCACAUUUUGGUUCAUCAAACCAGAAUUUGAGAUCAAAAUCAACUUUCUUGAACUGGGUUUUGCUUAUUUAUACUCUUAUUAAUUUUUUUUUUCUUCAUCCUCUUCUUCUUGUUCUUCUUCUUCUGUGUGUAUUGGUUUUAGCAGGCUUCCAAGGUUGUACCUUGGUGGUUGGUUUGAUGGGCUUGUGAUCUUUGAAGUUUUCUCUGAGUGAUUAAGUUUAAAUAAAGAGUGUGAGAGAGUGUUGCUGAGAAAGAAGGAAAUAUGGGGGAAAAACCUGAAGUAUUGGAAGCUGUUCUGAAGGAAACUGUUGAUUUGGAAAAUAUACCCAUUGAGGAGGUUUUUGAGAAUCUGAGAUGUAGCAAAGAUGGUCUCACCACUGAGGCUGCUGAGGAAAGGCUGACCAUUUUUGGUUAUAACAAGCUUGAAGAAAAGAGGGAGAGCAAAUUCUUGAAGUUUUUGGGGUUUAUGUGGAACCCUCUCUCAUGGGUUAUGGAAGCUGCUGCAAUCAUGGCCAUUGCACUUGCAAAUGGAGGAGGCAAGCCUCCUGAUUGGCAAGAUUUUGUGGGUAUUAUUACCCUUCUUGUCAUCAACUCAACGAUUAGUUUUAUUGAGGAAAACAACGCUGGCAAUGCUGCCGCAGCUCUGAUGGCUCGUCUUGCUCCCAAAGCUAAGGUGCUUCGAGAUGGAAGGUGGAACGAACAAGAUGCUGCUGUUCUGGUGCCUGGAGACAUAGUUAGUAUUAAGCUUGGAGAUAUUGUUCCAGCAGAUGCCCGUCUUCUUGAAGGGGAUCCUUUGAAAAUUGACCAGUCGUCACUUACCGGGGAGUCUCUUCCUGUAACCAAAGGCCCGGGAGAUGGUGUUUACUCUGGUUCUACUUGCAAACAAGGAGAGAUUGAAGCAGUGGUCAUUGCCACGGGUGUACACACCUUCUUUGGGAAGGCUGCUCAUCUUGUUGAUACCACUAAUCAAGUUGGCCACUUCCAAAAGGUCUUGACUGCUAUUGGAAAUUUCUGUAUAUGUUCAAUUGCUGUGGGAAUGAUAAUAGAGAUUAUCGUCAUGUACCCAAUUCAAGAUCGUGACUAUCGUCCCGGAAUUGAUAAUCUGCUUGUGCUUCUCAUUGGUGGAAUCCCAAUUGCCAUGCCUACUGUACUUUCAGUGACAAUGGCUAUCGGGUCUCAUAGGCUAGCUCAGCAGGGAGCUAUCACAAAGAGGAUGACAGCAAUUGAAGAGAUGGCUGGCAUGGAUGUGCUUUGCAGUGACAAGACCGGAACCCUGACGUUAAACAAGCUUACUGUUGAUAAAAAUCUUAUUGAGGUUUUUGCAAAAGGAGUCGAUCCCGAUACUGUUGUACUUAUGGCAGCCAGAGCAUCUAGAACAGAGAACCAAGAUGCUAUAGAUACUGCAAUAGUUGGCAUGCUGGCUGAUCCGAAAGAGGCACGUGCAAAUAUUCAAGAAAUUCACUUCCUUCCUUUCAAUCCUACGGAUAAGAGAACUGCAUUGACUUAUAUUGACCGUGACGGUAAAAUGCAUAGAGUCAGCAAAGGUGCACCGGAACAGAUUUUACAUCUUGCUCACAACAAGUCUGAAAUUGAGCGUAGAGUACAUGCUGUGAUUGAUAAGUUUGCUGAGCGAGGUCUACGAUCUCUUGCUGUUGCAUACCAGGAAGUCCCAGAAGGAACCAAGGAGAGCUCAGGAGGCCCAUGGCAGUUUAUUGGCCUCCUGCCUCUUUUCGAUCCACCUAGGCACGAUAGUGCAGAAACAAUCAGGAGAGCAUUAAACCUGGGAGUAAAUGUGAAGAUGAUUACAGGUGACCAACUGGCUAUAGGAAAGGAAACUGGCCGUCGCUUGGGAAUGGGAACUAACAUGUAUCCUUCCUCUGCUUUACUUGGACAGCACAAGGAUGAGUCAAUUGCUGCUUUACCAGUUGACGAACUUAUAGAAAAAGCUGAUGGCUUCGCUGGUGUUUUCCCUGAGCACAAAUAUGAGAUUGUAAAGCGUCUGCAAGCUAGGAAACAUAUCUGUGGAAUGACUGGUGAUGGAGUCAAUGAUGCUCCUGCCCUGAAGAAGGCAGACAUUGGAAUAGCUGUUGCUGAUGCUACUGAUGCAGCUCGCAGUGCUUCUGACAUUGUUCUUACCGAGCCUGGCCUCAGUGUUAUUAUUAGUGCUGUUUUAACAAGUCGAGCAAUCUUCCAGAGGAUGAAAAAUUACACAAUAUAUGCAGUAUCCAUUACAAUCCGUAUUGUGCUUGGUUUCAUGUUGCUGGCUCUCAUAUGGAAGUUCGACUUCCCACCUUUCAUGGUGCUUAUCAUUGCCAUUCUCAAUGAUGGUACUAUCAUGACAAUAUCAAAGGACAGGGUGAAACCUUCUCCACUGCCAGAUAGCUGGAAGCUGUCAGAGAUUUUCACAACUGGCGUUGUGCUUGGUAGUUACAUGGCAAUGAUGACUGUAAUAUUUUUUUGGGCAGCAUACAAGACAGACUUCUUCCCUCGCAUAUUUGGGGUUGAAACACUUGAGAAGACUGCACAUGAUGAUUUUAGGAAACUUGCCUCAGCAAUAUACCUGCAAGUGAGCACAGUUAGUCAGGCCCUUAUUUUUGUUACCCGAUCUCGAAGCUGGUCCUAUGUUGAGCGUCCUGGGUUUCUGCUAGUUGCAGCUUUCCUGGUUGCACAGCUGAUUGCCACUUUAAUUGCUGUCUAUGCAAAUUGGAGCUUUGCUGCAAUUAAAGGGAUUGGCUGGGGUUGGGCUGGUGUUGUCUGGCUUUACAAUAUCAUCUUCUACAUCCCACUUGAUUUGAUAAAAUUCUUCACUCGUUAUGUUUUGAGUGGACGAGCUUGGGAUCUAGUUAUCGAGCAAAGGAUUGCCUUCACUAGGCAAAAGGACUUUGGAAAGGAGCAGCGUGAGCUUCAAUGGGCACACGCACAAAGAACAUUGCAUGGUUUGCAACCACCAGAUUCCAAGUUUACUGAGAGAACUCAUGUUUCAGAACUCAAUCAAAUGGCUGAAGAAGCCAAAAGAAGAGCUGAAAUUGCAAGGUUGAGAGAACUUCAUACACUGAAAGGCCAUGUAGAGUCAGUUGUGAGAUUAAAGGGCCUCGAUAUUGACACAAUUCAACAAGCAUAUACAGUCUGAGGGAGAUGUUUUGUUGGCCUUACUCGUACUUUGAAAGGCCAGUUCUACUAGUGCUGAGAGUAAAGACAGAAUCAGCGCAUUGUUGUUUGUUGUCCUUUAAACAGCCAAUUAAAUUUUAUGCUACUCUGCUUUCUGUUCUGUUCACUUUUCAUUAGCUCUUAAUCUAAAUCAUUCUAUAUUUCUUUUUUUUUU